AUGGACCGCCCGAGCACGCCAAAGGUCUCCUCACGUCCGUCGACCCCCCAUGGACACCGCAUCUCGCGCCCCGGCACUCCCGCUCGCGGCUCUCGCCCUGGGACUCCCUCGAGGCUGCAGAAGGACCCGUCAGCGGCGUGGCUCAAGAACCCGCCCAACAACCUCGAGCUCGAGGACCCGCGCAGCCAGGACAGGGCGUCCGACUUGCUCGGGUCGCGCUACACGGAGCCGGUCAAGGGCCCGCCGAGUGACGAGGAGCUCAAGAAGGCGCGCGACCUCGCCGACAUGCUCGAGAAGCGCAAGAGGCAGUAA